CAACUUCAUCUAUAAAACUCAUGUCAGGUUUUUACGACCUCAGAAACAGCAGGAAUUGGGGUCCAACCAACAGGUAAGUUCACCAUAUUCAACCUUGUUAAUCAUAUUAAACGAGUUCCAAGUUUGUGCCAACUAGCUCUUAAUCUGGUAAAAUAUUUCUCUUCCGAUAUCAAACGAGUUCCUAAUUCCGAUAUCAAGUGAUGAUCAGUGUCUGCUUUUCAGAGCAAUCAGAAACCGUCCGUGUCCAAUUCAAUUUACACAAGGAGUGCAAAUUUGGUGAGAGCUUCCUCUUGGUGGGGAGUGAACCUAUCAUGGGACAGUGGGAUCCUUCAAAUGCUACACCAAUGAACUGGUCAGAUGGAAACAUAUGGAACAUUGAGCUGAAUGUUCCUACUGGCAUAGCAAUCCAAUACAAGUUUAUACUGAAAAAGGACACAGGAGAUGUGCUGUGGCAACCCGGUCCAGAUCGGAUUCUGCACAACUGGAGAACCAAGAACACCAUAUCAAUUGAUGAAGACUGGAAGGAUUAUGAACUUGUAGACGUCGAUGUGGGACCGAUUAUUCCCGGGAAUUUUACUCAUCCUGAAGACCAAGAACUGCUGUUGAAUACGAAGGGUGCGGAUUUUACAGAUAAACCUGCCUCUGCGGAUGAAAACCCACCAUUUAACAGCAACAUUGAGGUCAUAAUUGAAGACAAGGCUAUCAAAUCUGCAGAUGGAACUUUGCUUGGUAUAAAGAAGGAAGUGCGAGUCGUAGACAAUGGUAAUAGCACCGUGAAGGAGGAAUCUAUAAAGAAGACAACCCCGACACCUUAA